GAGAGCCGUUCACUGCAGACUCGGAUGGAAUGAGACCAGAUACCAGCAAACUUUCCCAUCUACAUCUACUUUUCUUUCUUUGUAACCCUCUUUCUGUUCAGACUCUGAAGCAACAUCUGGAUUUUACUUCUGCGGGAAUUACAUGACAAGGAAAUCACGAUCAUAAUUAUGGAACAGAAAAGGCAAAGAGCCAGACUGAAUGAGGAAGAGGAAGACUUCAAAACUCAAAGCUUAAAAGACAGAGAGCUGUGUGGAAAAGGUGGAGGACUGAUGGACAAGAGUGAAGAAAAGAAAACAUGUAAAAGAAAGAGAGAGCAUUUGUGUUUGCUGUGUGGGAAGAGCUUUAGUACAGCUGGCCAUCUGAAGAUACACCACAUGAUUCACACUGGAGAAAAGCCUCACAAGUGCUCAUACUGUGAGAAGAGUUUCAGUCAGCCAGGAACCUUGAAAAUCCAUGAGCGAAUUCACACUGGAGAAAAGCCGUAUCACUGUAAUCAGUGUGACAAGAGUUUCAGAUAUAACACUAAUCUCACGAAUCAUCUUCAUGUUCACACUGGAGACACGUUUACCUGCACUCAGUGUGGUCACGAUUUUAUAUCUGCAUCAAGUCUGAAACAACACAUGAUAGUUCACACAAAUGAGAAGCCUUAUGCGUGUCUAUUCUGUGAAAAGACUUUUACACGUCCGGAUCAUUGUAAACGGCACCAGAAAACACACACUGAUGAGAGAGAUCAUGUGUGUUUACAGUGUGGGCAGAGAUUUAGUAGAGCUGAUAAUCUGAUGCAGCACCAAAGAGUUCACACUGGAGAAAAACCGUACAAGUGCUCAUACUGUGAGAAGAGUUUCAGUCAGUCUGGAAACUUGACGUUACAUGAGCGAAUUCACACUGGAGAGAGGCCAUAUUACUGUCCUCCAUGUGACAAGGGUUUUUCCGAAUUAAGAAGCCUCAAUGAUCACAUCAAAAAACACCAUAAGUCAUCACAGUGAUCAAUUCUUUAAUUUUAAAUGUGGUAAUUUUCAUUGUUUCUACUGGCUCGUAUUUUCAUCAUCUGUCAGGCUGAUUUAUGUCAUCAAUAGAUCUCAGCUGUGAAUAUGAACUGAUUGUACAUGAUUUACUGCAGCAGAACAUGAGCAUGAUGUCUUUAAUGACUCAAUAUACUGUCAAGAAACCUGCAUUUUUUGUAUGAGACAUUAAAUACAUUUUACUUGCA